AUGGCCAAGGGAGCGGUGAUGCUUCUCGUGCUCUUCAUAGCGGCUCAGAUGCAGCACGGGUCCAGGGCCUUGGCCCGUGGGCACCGCCGGGCAGCCGAUCCAGACGCCCCCACGCACCUCCACUUCUACUUCCACGACACGGUGAGCGGCGCGUCGCCGUCGGCGGUGCGGCUGGCGGGGCCGGCAGACCCGUCGUCGCGGACAUUUUUCGGGAUGGUGAACGUGAUGGACGACCCGCUGACGGAGGGGCCGGAGCCCGGGUCGGCGGCCGUGGGACGGGCACAGGGCCUGUACAUGGCGACGGACCAGGCACAGCUGGGCUUCCUCCAGGCCAUGAACCUGGUGCUCACCUCGGGCCCCUACAACGGCAGCUCGCUCGCCGUGCUCGGCCGCAACUGCCCGCUCGCCGACGUCCGCGAGAUGCCCGUCAUCGGCGGCACCGGCGCCUUCCGCUUCGCCCGCGGGUACGCGCAGGCCCGGACCCACUGGCUCGACCUCAAGACCGGCGACGCCACCGUCGAGUACCACGUCUACGUCAUGCAUUAG